CAAUCCAGUUGAGUUCGCUUCAUCUGAAACAGACAGGAAAGCCAAGUGACGGAGACACCGGAACUCAUUCGGUGGAGUGGGAGGAGUAGGUGGGAGGAGUGGGACUCUCAGCAGGGGAAAAACAGGGGAUGCAGCCACUCAUCGGCCAGCCACAUCAGUCAUUCUUCUGCAAGUGGGCCAUGACGAAAGCCACAGCCAACGGCAUUGCUUCUGGUUGGAUUGUUUUGAUGGGGAUGUGCAUUGCAUUCAUCAUCGCCAUCAUCCAAGACUAUUUUUAUUUCUCAACUGCUCAUCUAAUGGCAAUCGCUAAGAAUUGUCUCAAUGCCCUUGUUCCAUUCCAUAUUUCUCUGUUCUCUAGGUAAAGGCUAUGUCGAUCGACUUACCACGUCAUUCGCAAU